UGGUCACCAUUUUUGAAUGACGUCUUGAAUUUACUCAUAAAACGUUGUAUUUUCAUAAACUCAGUUUAUUAAACACUAUGUGAUAUGGUGAGCAUCAAACUCUAAGGGUACCUAAGCAGUUUUGGAACAGUGCUCUUUGUCAAUUUAACAUAAUCUAAUUCCCCUUCUCUCUCCUAUCUUUAUAUUAAAUGCUAAAAGAGACACAUUUGGAUUGGGCCAUUAAGGAUGAACAAAGCAGAAUGUAAUGGCUCUUGAUGGCCCAUCCAAUGCUGUGAGUUUGUGGCCAUUUGCUUAUGAAUCAGCCAAGAGCCCAUUUCUAUGAUAAUGAAGUGGUCUGGAUGGGACAGUUAUGUUAAUGUGAUUGAGGAAUGUUGGAAUUCCAGGAUUAGGAGUGGCUGUGCUUUGUUUAAAGUUAAGUGCUUUGUUUCCCAUUUAUAGGACCGCCCCUUAAAAUGUGUAUAAAUGCAAUGUAGUUCCAGCAUCAGUUAGACUUGAUGACUGCAGCACCAGUAGCAGUACGCUCUGAUUUAAAGACUUCACUAUCUACAAUAAAGACUACUACUGAAGACAAUACAAGACUCCUGGUCUCACUGGAAACAGUUUCCAACACUGACAUUGAUUGUUGGAAGAGUCGAGGUAAUAGACUUGAUAAAGCUGAUUUUUAUUUUUCUAUAUUCUAUCUCUCAUCGGAAAUGUAAUUUUUCUAAAAUAAUAUUGAUGACAUCAUAAUUAUUCGUUAUGUAUAUUGGAGCACUUAAAUCAUUUUUUUUAAUACAUUUGCUAGUUGUUAAUGUAAAAAUGUAUUAAUUUAUGUUUUGAUUAAAGAGAAGACCUGAAGACAUGAGUGAUCCAGACCUAUGCCGAAUUAAACAAGAAGACACAGAGGAACACAAAGACUUAUUGGACCUGAAAGUUGAAAGUGAUGAAUUGGAUGAAGCUGAGGAGAAAAACUCUCAGACACCUCAUCAUUUCAUAAUGAGAGAAACAUUGAGUAACUUGCAGAUGGAAAAUACUUUCUCUCUAAAAAGAAAGCAAAGUACAGAAGCGGGCAAACCCUCACCUCACUGUGAGAACAGUUUUACACUUAAAAGACAUUCUGAGGAACACGUGAGAAUUCAGACUGGAGAUCGCCCAUACAAAUGUCUUCAAUGUGGAAAGUGUUUCACACAGAAACCAAAUCUUGAUAAACACAUGAGAAUUCACACUGGAGAGCGUCCAUACACAUGUCUUCAAUGUGGAAAGAGUUUCACACAGAAAUCACAGCUUAAGGUUCACAUAAGAGUUCACUCUGGAGAGCGUCCAUAUUCAUGUCUUGAGUGUGGAAAGGGUUUCACACAAAAAAUAAAUCUUAAUGUGCACAUGCAAAUUCAUACUAAAGACCGUUUGUUCGCAUGUCUUCAGUGUGAAUUGAGUUUCACACAGAAAUCACAGCUUAAGGUUCACAUGAGAGUUCACUCUGGAGAGCGUCCAUAUUCAUGUCUUGAGUGUGGGAAGAGUUUCACACAGAAAUCAGAGCUUACAGUGCACAAGAGAAUUCACACCACAGACCAUACCUGUCUACAAUGUAAAAAAAGUUUUAAAUACAAAUCAAAAUUCGAAAUUCAUAUGAGAAUUCACACUGGAGAGCGUCCAUACACAUGUCUUCAAUGUGGAAAGGGUUUCACACAGAAAAUAAAUCUUAAUGUGCACAUGCAAAUUCACACUAAAGACCGUUUGUUCGCAUGUCUUCAGUGUGAAAUGAGUUUCACAAAGAAAUCAGAGCUUGAGAUGCACAAAAGAAUUCACACCAGAGAGCCUCCAUACCAUACUUGUCUACAAUGUAAAAAAAGUUUUAAACACAAAUCAAGAUUGGAAUUUCAUAUGAGAAUUCACACUGGGGAGCAUCCAUAUUCCUGUGAUCAGUGUGGAAAGAGUUUCACACAGAAAUCAUAUCUUCACACCCACAUGAGAAUUCACACUGGAGAGCGUCCACACACAUGUUUUCAGUGUGGAAAGGGUUUUAGACGGAAAUCGGUGCUUCAGAACCACAUGAGAAUUCACACUGGAGAGCGUCCAUACGCAUGUCUUGAGUGUGGAAAGAGUUUCACACAGAAUGCAAUACUGACGGACCACAUGCUAAUUCACACUGGAGAGUAUCCAUACUCAUGUACUCAGUGUGGAAAGAGUUUCAAACGCAAAGAAGGGCUUGAGAUUCACAUGAGAAUUCACACUGGGGAGCGUCCAUACGCAUGUACUCAGUGUGAAAAGAGUUUCAAACACAACAAAGAUCUUGAGCUUCACAUGAAAAUUCACUGGAGAGUGUCUACAUAUUUGUCCUCAGUGUGAAAAGAGUUUUACACAUAAAGAAAAUCUUGAAGUUCAUAUGAAAAUUCACUAUGAAGUUAUGCUGUAAAAUUGUUUGCAAAAAAUUGAGUAACUUACAGCAGUCUUGCAAGUCAAAUACUGUACACUUAAAUAACUGUAAAAUGCUGUGAAUAGUAUAAUUUAGCUUGCUGUAAAUGUAUUUACAGAAAAUUUCAUAUUAUGAAUAAAAUGUACAGUUGUUUUGAUCUAUUACACUGAUUUACUCUUAAACACUAAAUAUAUCUACUAUUAAAUUGUAAGAUUUACUGUAAUUGUUUGUCCACCUUCUCUUUUUGUUUACUGUAAAACAGUAUGUACACGUUGCAUAAUUACUGCCUUUGAUAAACAAACAGUUUAAAAGGCCAAAAGACAAUUAACAUUUAAAUUAUGAUAAAAGCAACAUCACUUGCUGUUAUACUAAGGAUGACAAUAUUGGUGAAAAAAUCAAAUUGCAAAGGCUUUUUGUUUUGCGAUAUACUUUUUUAUUUAGAUGUCUUUAAUUAAAAAAGUAGUAAACAUCUUUUGUCCCUUUUUUCACUACAUGAGCACUAGACCUAUGUUUUUCUCGUGUUCCACUACAACCAUUAUGUGUGUUUUUUCUCUAUCAGAACAGAAGCAUCCUUCAUUAACAGGUCUUAUCUUUAGCCCAUCUCUUACACAUGAGCUCUGUGUGAGAGCAGGGACAGACUUGCAGAAAUAUUAUUCGUGUAUGACUAU